CUGACGACUGCCCUCUUGUCAAAGAGAAGCAGCGAAAACAGUCGGGACUCAACCAAAUAUUGGAAGUUUUGUCAAUUCAUUCUACAUAUUUAUAAUCGGCGAUGGCUGUAGUUUAAGAAGUUUUUAUGUUAUUUUUGACGGAUGGCUCCCAGAGCGAAAAGCGACCGGCGUGCAUGUUUUUACUUUUGAAGUUAGUUGUACCAUCAAAGGCGGCUAGGCAGGAAAGCUACCCCCAGGCACCUGCGCUAUGGUCGUGAUGAUAGAAUCACAAUGCGAGUACUUCAUGUAUUUCCCCGCCGUCCCGAUCUCGGACCUAUCCGACGCGGCCAAAUUCAGGAGCGUCCCCCAGCGGAGGCACCUCUAUCUCGGCGAGACGGUUCAGUUUCUGCUGGUGCUGAGGUUCAGGGAUGGAGGAGCGACAUCCACCAAGGCUGGCUGGAGAGAACUGGUUCGGUCUCUCUCGGCGGUGGCCAGUGUGUCACUUGGCGAGUCGCAGCAACCUAGACCCGAAUCAAGUCAGUUUCAGCAAGACUUUCAGAGUAGUUGCAGCGAGGAUGGGGAAGAUGAAGAGUGCGAGAUGGAAGAGGCGACCCCGUGUCGGGUGGAAGAGAGGACCAACGUUUUUAGACACUGCAAGCCUCUUCUCAAUCACAACGUCGGACGGCAGAACCGGACAGAAGAGUUUCAGUCACCCCUAGAGGCACCGGUGGUGGUGGACGAUGAGGUUGUGUUCCCGCUGACGGUGUCCCUUGACAAGCUGCCGGUCAAUACAUUCAAAGCCAAGAUCGUGGUGACGGUGUGGAAGGAGGAGCAGGAGAAGGUGGAGGUCAGGGAGCAUGGGUACCUGAGGGUUCUGCAGCUCAUGAGCCCCCUGCAGAUCUUCGGACAGGACCUCGGCUCCUUCAAGGCCCAGGUCAGCACCACACUGAGCGUUCUUCCUCCGCCCGCAGUCCAAUGCCAGCAGAUGACUGUGUCGGGUAAACACCUGACAGUGCUCAAAGUGCUGAACAGCAGCUCCCUGGAGGAUCUGUGCAUUCGGGACAUGAAGAUCCUCCCCAACUACAACUCUUCCUACCUGCCCAUGAUGCCGGACGGCUCGGUCCUGGUCAUGGACAACGUCUGCCACCGCUCAGCCGAGGUCACCACGGCCUCCUUCAGACGGGUGGCCAGCGAGUCUUCGCGCCUACCCAGCAUGCUCUCUGCCUUGGAGGAGCAGAACUUCCUGUUCCAGUUGCAACUGCGAGAUCGGCCUGAAGAAGACUCGGAUGAGGGUCUGGAGCUGCCACUCAUCGCUGUGGUUCAGUGGUCCGUGUCCAGGCUGCCCUUCCUCAGAUACAUCAGCACCCACUACACCCUACCGAGCGUGCGCCUGAACCGCCCCCAGCUGGUGAUGACCGCUUCCUGCCUUGGCGGCGUGCGACCCCGGGAGUGCUUCCAGGUCAAGUACACGCUGCUGAACAACCUCAGGGACUUCCUGUCCGUCCGUCUGGUGUGGACGCCGCCUGGCAGCGGCGGGGGUGGCUGUACGGGGGACGUCCCGGGUGGGCUGGGGGCGGUGGUCUGUCGGACGCCCCACACCGACCUCGGCCCCUGCCGCAAGGGCAGCAUCGUGUCCUUCAGUGUGGGCUUCCAGAUACUCCAGGGGGGCCUGUUUGAGCUGAGCCAGAACAUGAAGCUGAAGCUCCAGUUCUCGGCGCUGGACGCCGUGUGCAGCCCCAGCAAGGAGGGCCGUGGGCCGGGGGGCCCGGCGGCUCUGGGGGCCCCGGGGGCCCGGGGCGGCUCCCCCUCCAGCCCCCGUCACGUGCGAGAGCUGCUGGAGCGCAGGUCCCAGAGCUUCUCCCACGAGCAGCCCCCCAGGACCCCGUUCACCAGGGCUGCCAGUGUGAUGGGGUGCGGCGCCGUCACCCCCCCGGUGGGCUCCCCCUCGGGACGGCCCUCCCCCCUCUACCUGCCCCCCGUCCGCCCCCCCGUGCUGCCCGGCCUGGACAAGAUCGCCAAGCGGGAGUGCAAGGUGCUGGUGGUGCUGGCACCACAGCCUCUCUAGCGCUCUCUCUUCCUGUCCCUCUCUUUCUAACUCUCUCUCUUUCUGUGUCUCUCUUUCUGUGUCUCUCUUUCUGUCUCUUCCUUUCUGACACU